CAUGAAUCUUUCACGGUGUGUUUUGAUACUGCCAAACGGGAAGCACUGAAGUUUCCUGCGCGACGCAACUCCUGUAAUUCCAUUAAUCACGUUGAUAAUUUGCUUUAAACUAAGAUCAAGUGACGCUCAGACUUAUUAGCGCAAUGAUGGAGGGCGGGUGCAGACAGCCCCGCCAGCGACCUUGGCGGUGAAAGGCUUGACUUGCUCGCUGGGCAGGCGGGAAACCUUUGGGGCCUCUCUGGGUAGCCUAUACAACAGCUAGCGGUUGAAUAAUACUGUGGAGCGCGGGGUUCGGGACUCGUUGACUUGCAAUCGUGAGAAUGAGUCGAGGGAAAGUCCAACUGCAGCGCAUCACAGAUGACAAAACACGUCAGGAGGUGUUCCACCGGCACAAGCAGGCGCUGUUCCGGCGCGCCAUGGAGCUGUCGGUGCUGUGUGACUGCGACGUGGGCCUCAUCGUGUUCGCGCCCGGCUCCUCCGGCCCCGGCACCGGCGGCCAGCGGCUGUACCAGUUCAGCAGCAUUGAGAUGGAGGAGCUGCUGGAGAGAUACGCGGGGGCUGUCAAUGAGCCGCACGAGCGGCGCGGCAACAGCGAGCUGAUGCGGCACUACUACGAGCUGUCUCCGGAUGAGGACGGCGAGGGCGGCGAGCCGGGGCCGCUGGAGGGAGACGCGGACGGCGGCGGCGCCUCGGCGGCGGCGGCCGCGGCGGCGGCGACCAUGGCCGCGGUGGACAGCGUCAUACUGGGCAGCGGCCGGCGGCGGGAGAGCCGGGACGGGAUGGCGCCGGGCGGCGGGGCCGGAGCGCUGUUGAGGCGCAUGGUGCCGGGCGGGCUACCGGGCGGGUUGCACGGCCAGUUGCAGCUGCAGGGACUGCAAGGGCUGCAGGGGCUACAGGGGCUACAGGGUCCCAUGCAAGGAAUGGUGGGUAUGCUGCCGAGCGGCCUCGGCUCUGGCGGCAUCGGCUCCGGCGGCCUCACCCCGGGCGGCGGCGGCGGCGGCGGCGGCGCGCUGCAGCUGCCGACUCCGGGCGGCCUGGGCGGCGGCGGCGGUCUGCCGGGCGGUCUGAUGCCUGGCGGCAUGCGGCGUGUGGGCGGUGCGGUGCCGCUGGAGGGCAUCAAGGCCGCGGGCUUCCUGGACAAGCGCAACUACCCGGUGAGUCCUCGCAGCGAGCGCGCCUACGAGGACAUCACGGCCGAGUUCGACAAGCUCACCGAGCUGCGCAACAAGAGGGCACGGAGCGGCGGCGCGUCGCAGACGGUGCCCACGGGGCUGCAGCCGCUUUCCUCCUCCGCCGCCGCAGCGCUCAACCCGCAGCAGCAACUAUCGCAGCUGCUGAUGCAGCAACAGCAGCAACAACAACACCUGCAGCACCAACACCAGCACAACCUGCAACAAUUCGACAGCGGCGGCGCCAAACGCUUCAAGCCGCUCUCCAUCAUGGUGCCAGACAACCAGGCGCACCCCAUCCUGCCCUCCGGCGUCACGCCGCUCACCGGACCCACGCCCAUGUCUGGUGGCGGGCCAGGAGGCGCCGCGUCCGGCAUGGCCUCGGCCUCUGCGGCAGGAGGCGUGGGUAUGGGCGGCACGGGCGGGCGCGGGGGCCCCGCCGGCCUGGCGGGCGGCAGCGGGGCGCCGGCGCUCAACGGGCAUUUCUUGCCGCACUCGCAACAGCAACAUCAAUCGCAACACCAGCAGCAAGCACAACAUCAGCAGCAGCAGGGCCAGCAGGGGCUGCCGCCGCGGGCGCCGUCGUCCAGCGGGCGGCCCUUUGGCGCGGGCCGCACCUCGCUGUCCGGCAUCGCCUCCGCGCUCGCCGCCGCGCAGCAGGCGGCAGGCGCCGCCGGAGGCGGCGCCGCCGGCUCGGGCCCCAUGGACACCGACGGCGGCGGCGGCGCCUUCACGUUUGACCGGCGCACGCUGACGGGCGCGCUGGACGACCUGGGGAUUAGCUUCGCGCCCAUGCGCAUGUCCAGCGACGGCUCCGCCGCCGCCAUGCUCAGCAUGCCCUCGCCGCCGCCGCACGGCGCCACCGCCGCCCUGUUCGGCGCGCUGGACGGCGGGCCGCUCAGCGUGCGCAGCAGCAGCCACGGCAUGCUGGCGGCGCUGGGCAUGGGCUCGGGCAUGGUGGGCUUGGAGCGGGGCACCAGUGUGGGGUUGAGCGGGCUGCUGGAGAGCCCGGGGCCCAUGGCGCUGGACAGCAGCCUACGCGGCCUGGCGCCCAUGGAUGUGCUGGACUGGCCGUCCUCCUCGCCCAGGUCCAGUGCGGGCAACAGCGAGGGCGGGGGCGGCGGCAGCGGCGCCACCACAGGCGGCUUCGCCUCGGACGACGGCGAGGGCGGCACGGUGUUGGAUGGGUUGGAGGUACGCGGCAUGGCGCUCUCCAAACUGGCGCCCGAGGCACGCGUGGCGGCAAUCGGCACCUCAUCCCCGGACGGCGGCGGCGGCACGCCGCCAGCCACCCGCGGCACCGCCGCCGGCGCGGGCGCGGGCGCGGCAGGGACAGGGAGCGCGGCGGCGGGCGGGAGUGGCGGGGGGUCGUUGCCUGCCGCCGGCGGUGGCGCGGGCAGCGCCUUCGCUGCCGCGAAUGCCAAGGCGGCGGCCGCGAGCGCCGCUGCAGGUGCCGGGGCGGAGGGCGCAUCGGCGAAUGCCAGCGGCGAUGCGGGGCCAGAGGCGGCGGCGGCGGGGCUGGGCGGCUCGUUUGCUCGCGCGACCAGCUAUGAGCUGUUUGCUGCCAACGUGGCGGGCGCGGCGGACGGCCUCACGCCCGAGCUCAGCUUCGAUGUGCUGUCAGGGGCCAAGGCGGCGGCAGCGGCCGCGUCGGUGGCAGCGGCACAGCUGCAGCAGGAGGCGGCGGAGAGGAAGGCGGCGGAGGAGGAGGCGGAGGGCAGCGGCGGCGAGGGCGGCAGUGGCGAGGUGGCGGACCUAGGGCUAAUGGUGGUGGGGCGAGCGCUGGAGAUCCCCGCCGGCGCUGGGACGGGAACACCGCCGCCGCCUGCGCCCCACUGAGGCCUGGAGAGGGCGGGGCGGGACGGGCAGGCAGGCAUCUGCGCUGUCGCGCCCCUGUUGCAGCCUUGGUUGCUGUUCAACAGGCUGCAAUUUCAAUGGGGACGCGGAUUGAAUGGAUCGGACGAAAGGGCUCUCGUGGGUUUGGGUAUGCUGUGUUGUUCUUAUGCAGCCAUCAUGCCUCUGACCCGCUUCAACACGGGUAGGAGCUUUGUACAUAUUGGACAGACAAGAGCGGUUUUGGUGUGUCACUGAGGCGUGUGUGGGGGGGAGGGAGGGGGGGCAUGGCCUGGCCGCUUUGACAGACGUGGGCACAGAGGUGCCGGCCCUGACGAGAGGCUUGCAUGGCUACGGCCAGACAUAGCUGGCUAGGGGGGCGCGUGGUGCACCGACGCAAGCAAGGCAUUACUCGUGAGGGACGGCAUUAUACAUGACAAGCACCUAUCGUGAGCUAAUGGAAAUGCUGGCAACGCAUGCACGUUCAGAACAGGAAAGCCAGGACAGGCCUGCAUGUGUGUUGUGUCUGCGACGCAAGUUCGAACGUGGGCAGGGUCCCACUGCAGAGUCCCAUGAAUACGGUUGAAAUCUAACAGCCGUGAUUGCUGCGGUCACAUGCGCUACUAGGUGGCCUGGCGGCGGCUCUGCACUCUGCAACCGGUGCUACAUGCGCAGCUACGUGCGCCUUCAACAUGAUUUCCGGAUUGAGCAUUCGAGUUGGGGCUGCUGCAGCUGUAGGAGCGAUGGGGAGUAGCAGGACCAGGCCGACCAGGGUGUGCGAUGGACCAGGGGUGCGACGGGACAGGGUAAGGGGCAGGUUGGCGUAGUCCCGCAGUGUGCAGCUCAUUCCUAGACCCCCAACAAACGGACCCAGAGCGCGCUGCAGGUGGAGCUGGGCGAUGAGUGAUGACGUGGUGAGGAUUGGAUCGCUGUCAGGCUGUUCAACGAUGCCGGCAAGCAGAAGAACCACAUGUUAAUAGUGGGUACGUCCUGAUUCCGACCUUGCAUCAGCUGCCUUCCGCGCAUUAUCGGAUUGAAAGAUACGAUACCGUAGU